CACCAUUUUUAAUUCCACCAAUUUAUCCUGGUGCUCGAUUCAUAGUUUAUUGCAUUUUAGAAAAAGGUGUUGAAGCUUGUAAAGAAAUUACAUUGAGUGCAAGUUCUCAUGAUGGUCCUAUGAGGCUUUCUAUUCCAUUAGAUCCCGAAAUCUUAAAAGGAUCAAAAAUACAUACACUUGCUGCCAGAAAACUUAUUCAAGAUAUUGAAGAUGGAACUUCAUUUAUUCAUAAGCAUCCAAGAAAUAUGGGAAAAAGGUUACCAAACUCACUUAUUCGUAAGCAAAUUGUAAAAUUGGGUGUAAUGUAUAAUUUGGCUUCUAAAUAUACAAGUUUUCUUGCAAUUGAUGAAAGAAAUAUUGAGUCAGUGGCUGAAGGCAAAAGUUUACCAAGCCAAAAAAUAGUUCCAGUUUCUGCUGCUGCUGCUUAUUCAGCUAAUCCAGCUCCUACUCCAACUACUUAUUACUCAGCUUCUAGAUCAGCUGCUUAUUCACCUCCUCCUCCUCCAGCUGCUAACUGCUAUUCACAAGCUUCUCCAGCUGCACAAUCUCCUUCAGCUACUAAUAAUAAUUCAACUUUAGCUGGUUAUUUCUCUUCACUUAAAACUCGUAAAUCCUCUUUACAUUCUUAUUUUUCUAAAUCUAAAAAAUUACCUCAAUUUCCAGGAAGUAACGAUUCUGUUAUGCAUGCUACUGGUGCAUCAAAAACAUCCAAAGCAACAUCAUUUUCUUCAAAUCCAAUGCUUUCUAAUAGAAGUCAACUGUCUUCUCAGCCUUACUCUAUGUCUUUAAAUACUGAUUUAGAAUGCUUCAGUAAUAUGAAUAAGAGCUACAAUAACGAAUCUUUUUCAGCUGCUAAUUAUAAUUCAACUUCAUCUGGUUAUUUCUCGUCACUUAAUAAAAAAUCAGGUAGUGAUUCUGUUAUCCAGGCUGCUAGUGUAUCAAAAACAUCCAAAGCAGCAUCACUUUCUUCAAGUCCAAUUCUUUCUAAUAGAAGUCGACUAUCUUAUCAGUCUCGUCCUAUAUCUUUGAAUGAUGAGUUGCAAUAUUCAAAUCCAAUUUUACUUGACGGCGAUGAUUCUGAUAAAUCUAAAAAUGAUUUUAAAGAUUUUGAAGUUAUUGGAGUUGGAAAUGAAAAAGUAUUAUGUUUGGCAUUAGCAAUAGCAUAUUUGGAAAUUAUAAUGUUUGAAACAUUUAAGGAUGAAUGUGAGAUGUGUUAUGGAAAAGCUAAAAAAGCUUUGAAAAAAGAGGUUGGUGAUGAACAAAAGAUUCAUGAAAUUUUGGAAAAAGUUAAGGAAUGGGUUAAAAAGUGGGCUGAUGAAUAA